GGUGGGGGGGGGGCCCGCGGCGGCGUGCGUGUGACGUCACGCGCGCGACGCGCCGGACGCUUCCUUGUUUGUUUCCAGAGCGCGGUAGCACGUUGCCCACUUCUGUAAGUAAAUUUGCUUUGGACAGCACUGUGAAGCAGUUUUGAUAUGCCACUUGAACUAAUAAAAGAAGUCAAUGGGGUGCCUGAAGUGGAAACGCUAAGUCAAUUACAGAAAGUAGAUUUCAGAUCACUGCAUCCAGGUUGUGAUUAUAGCAAGAAAUACAUUCAGGGAAAACUUUCACUUACAUCUUCUUUAACUAAUGGUGGGAGUAGAACAGCUGCUUUGAAGAUUGAAUUACAAGAAGAAGAUAAUUCAAAUACAGAGACUAACACCAUCAGUAUAUUGUUUUUUGGAAAACUAGCAAAGGACUGUGCAAAAGUUUUCUAUGAUGGGGAUACCAUUGCAGUGGCUGGAUUUAUUGUUUUGUCAGGAUCAUCUUCAUGCAGCGAUGGAAAAAUGGACUUAAUUUUGAAAGCUUUUGAAGAUUUGCCAUCAACCGUUUAUGUUUAUGUUAAAGCUGUGAAAGAUUUUUCAACAGAAUUAAUGUCUUUGAUUCCAUCACCACAUUAUGUAUACACACCCCUGAAUCAGUUGAAGGGUGGUAAUAUUGUCAACGUGUAUGGUGUUGUGAAGUUCUUUAAGCCUCCAUAUUUGAGCAAAGGAACUGAUUAUUGCUCAGUUAUAACAAUUGUGGACCAGACAAAAGUAAAGUUAACCUGCCUGCUCUUCAGUGGGAAUUACGAAUCCCUUCCAAUAGUUUAUAAAAAUGGAGAUAUUGUUCGCUUUCACAGGCUAAAGAUACAAAUAUAUAAAAAUGAGACUCAAGGCAUCACCAGCUCUGGCUUUGCAUCUCUGACUUUUGAGGGGACUUUGGGGGCUCCUAUCAUUCCCCGCACUUCAAGCAAGUAUUUUAACUUCACUUCCGAGGAUCGCAAAAAGGUGGAAGCCUUACGUGUUUGGGCGUCUACUAACAUUUCACCUUCUUCGACAUUAGUGAAAUUGUGUGAUGUUCAGCCCAUGCAGUAUUUUGACCUGACUUGUCAGCUCCUGGGCAAGGCAGAAGUGGAUGGAGCUUCAUUUCUUCUAAAGGUUUGGGAUGGCACAAGGACACCCUUCCCUUCUUGGAGAGUCUUAAUACAAGACAAUGCUCUUCAUGGUGACGUAAAUCAGAUGCACCAGCUGCAGAAUCUGACAGCAGACAUUGUAGUCUACGAUAACCAUGUUCAAGUGGCAAAGUCUCUGAAGGUUGGAAGCUUUCUUAGAAUCUAUAGCCUCCAUACCAAGCUUCAGUCAGCGAAUUCGGAGAACCGGGCCACAUUUUUAGCACUAGAGUUUCAUCUCCAUGGAGGUACCAGCUAUGGUCGGGGAAUCCGAGUCCUGCAGGAAAAUAACUCUGAUGUGGAUGAACUGAAAAAGGUUUUAGAAUCUGCAUAUUCAACUGCCAAUCAGUAUUCAGAAGGUAUCGGUCAAUUAGAAGUGGAGGACAGCUUUCCUACUCUUUCAAGCUCUGGAUCCAUUUCACUCUAUGAAGUUGAAAGAUGUCAGCAACUAUCAGCUACAAUUCUUACAGAUCAUCAGCAUCUGGAGAAAACCCCCCUAUGUGCAAUUUUAAAGCAAAAAGCUCCACAGCAGUAUCGUAUUCGAGCAAAAUUAAGGUCAUACAAGCCCAGGAGACUCUUCCAGUCUGUUAAACUUUAUUGUACCAAAUGUCAUUCACUGCAGGAAGUUCCAAGUGAGGGUGAUUUAGAUAUCAUUUUGCAAGAGGGUGCAACUAAAACUUCAGAUUCCAACAUACAAAAUACAUCAUUAUAUGAUUCAAAAAUCUGGACUUCUGAAGAUCAAGAACGAAAAGUAGCUUUUCAUUUUGUGAAAAAUAAUGGUAUUCUCCCACUGUCAAAUGACUGUCUAAUUUUGAUAGAAGGUGGCACAUUCAGUGAAAUCAUCAACCUCUCAAACAAGUUCCAUAGUGUAAUUCCUGUGAAAUCUGGCCCGGAAGGCCUAGAACUCCUCAGCCUUUCAGCACCAUUCCUCAUACAAGGAAAAACACAUCACUAUGGAUGUCAACAGUGUUCUAAUUUGAGACCAAUACAAAAUCUAAAUUCUGUUGUUGAUAAACUAUCGUGGACUCCUUCUUCUGUGGCAGAAGUGCUUGGUAUUGUGCCCCUCCAACAUGUGUUUGUAAUGACAUUUACUCUUGAUGAUGGAACAGGAGUAUUAGAAGCAUAUCUCAUGGAUUCUGAGAAAUUCUUCCAGAUCCCAGCCUCAGAAAUCCUAACCAGUGAUGACCUUCAGCAAAGUAUGGAUAUGAUCAUGGAUAUGUUUUGCCCCCCAGGAAGAAAACUUGAUGGAUAUCCAUGGUUAGAAUGCUUCAUCAAGUCAUAUAAUGUCACAAGUGGAUCGGAACAGCAAAUUUGCUAUCAGAUUUUUGACACCACAGUUGCCGAAGAUGUUAUAUAAUAUUUAUUGCCGUUUAGCUUUGCAUUUGUAAAACACUGUAGUUUUAGGGAACAUUAAAUUUUCUAUGAUUGCUAUGAAAUACGGAGUUUGCUUCAUGUUUGCUUUCCAACUCUUACCACUGUUUAAUUUUCCAGUGUAGCCACCCACUACUUGAGGUUGUGCUUUUGUUUUUUGACCAAUAGACAUUGUGUUGAAAUGUUUCCUUUUUGGGGCCUGGAGUGAUAGGGCAGUGAGUAGGGUGCUUGCCUUGCACAUGACCUAUGGGAUUUCGAUCCUCAGCGCCCCAUGUGGUCUCUGUAGCACUGAGCCAACCAGGAGUAAGCUCUGACCACUGCCAGGCGUGGCCCCCAAAACAGAGAGCAACAACAGACAUGGUUCCUUUUGCUCAAACUAUCCAUUAUGUUGACUUCCAGGGAUAAGAAAAAUAUACUGAAUAAGUGACUUUGUUUGCAUUUUUUCUUUGCAGUCCUAUCUGGUGGGGAGCUUUUUUAUUACUCUGAACUUGAAAACACCUUUCCUAAUGCUUUCCCAGUAUGUCAAUCUCUGAUUUCUCUGCCAACCACUAACCUUUGUUGCACUUCUUUUUGGUCCUAUUGGGAGGUGGGAGGGAGGGGAGGUAGCAAUUCAGCAAUAAUAAUGUUACUGUGAGUAUGGGAAUAGAAAAUGCCCUGGGCUUAAAUUGUUAGCUUUUAUUGAUAGCAGAUAUGUAGCAUUCUCUGGUUUUAUUUUGCUGUGUUUUUAUAUGAGUAUCUGAUAAAACAUCCCUUAAGUAGUUGGUAGUUGUCAGUGAGCUAACAUUGAACUUUAAAAA